UCCAAAGAAGCAAAUGGGGAAGCAAAGCAGAUCCAAGAAGCCAGAGAAUCUGGGCAAAGGGAAAGUCACUCCUGUCCAAGUCGCAUUCAUCGUCGAUCGUUACCUUUCCGAUAACAACUACUCCAGCACUCGUUCCACUUUCAGAAACGAAGCUUCUUCUCUCAUCUCCAAAUCCCCUGUUCGAGAGGCGCCGAAGAGUUUGUUAAGUUUAGGUGCGAUGCUAGACGAGUAUAUUUGUUUGAAAGAACAAAAGGUUCUAGUAGAGCAGGAAAGAGCUCGUUUGGAGCAAGAAAAAUGCAGGGUUCAGUCCCUUUUGCAGGGAAUGCAAAGUGUAAUGAACGCUUACAAUGCGAGUGCCACUGCAUCAGUGCCUGUGAUUUCUCAUGCCAAUGCAACUAAAACAGUAACCGUGGUUCCUCGAUCAGAUCCAUGUGCAAUAUCUCCCCCAGGCCCUCCUGCGUAUAGAACACCAACUGUUAUUCCAGUAUCUGGUCCUUCUAAUUCCAGAAUGGAGAGAAAUAGUUACUUUACGCCAGUUACACUUCAGCCAUUAACAAGGAAUAAGAGGACCUUGGAGGCUGUCACCGGAGCCUCAGCAGCAGCAAAGAGAGCUCGCAACAAAUCAACUUCUAGGAAGUUAACAACCCAGGGAAUGGAAAAGCUUCCGGAGACUGAUAAUGUAAUGAAUAGACAAGUAGCUGGACAGUCAAGCUCUUUAAAUCAAUCAACACCUCCCAGUUGCACGCCCAAUGAAUCAACAAUGCACGUAUCUGGUGUUGUCAAUUGUCUGUUCAAUCAGCCACAGCCAUCCCCUCCACCUAAUUCUUUAGGUCCUAAGACACCCCCGCAAGCAGUUUCCCCUCAGAGUCAUAAAUCAAUGACUCCACUGGAGAUUACUCCUAACUGUACUAUAGUUUCAACUGAGAGAGUUACGGUUAGUCCUUUAAAACAGAUGACGUGCUACACAAUUGAGAGGAAUCAUUGCAUUUCCUCUUGUUCACCAGUUAAGACAUGCUUGAAGAGGCUUGGUAAGAGGGAUCAUGUAAAGAGCAGGCUGGACUUUGAUGGUUCUGAUGCAGCAGUGCAUGUGGACAAACCGAUAGUUAAUGAGAUUUCAACAUCAGAGUAUGAAAUGGAUGCUGAUCUUUUUGACCUGGAUUUGCCAAAUUUAGAUGCUUUAGGAGAAAAUUUCUCAUUCUCUGAACUGUUAGUGGAUCUUGAUCUUGGAUCUGAAGGAUUUGGCUACCCUAGCAAACCAACGUCGUGUACAUCUGGAGCUGCUCUUUCAGGGUCAUCUAAUGUCUCGGGAGAUGACAACCUGGGGGCUAGUCAAGUCAUGUCAAAGUUUUCAUCUACUGUCACAGAAGUGUUUACGGAGAAUAACAUGAACGCAGGACCCAACACACUAACAUCAGUGAAGUCUAUAACAAAAUGCAUAGAAAUAUUGAGCCCUGCAAAACGUCAAAGGAGUUCUUUGGAGCAACAAAAUUAUUCUGCUACAAACUGA